GCUCUUUUUCCCUUCCUUCUCCUUCCUUCCCCGCUGUGCCGCCUGCGCCUCCGAUCUGCAUUUCCCCAACCAACAAGAUGAUGCGAUCCACAUGCCAUUGACAUUUUUUAAAACCUGCAAAUCUGUUUUUUCCUCUCUUCUUCUACCGCAGCCUCGCGACUGGACAGCUCGGUUCUCUUGGCUCGGCCCUGCGACGUCUCCCGUGUGACCUGCCCAUUACAGUCCUCCUCCAGUCGGCCAGCGUUGCGGCGCAUUGCGACCACGUUCUGGCUCUGAGCUCGAACCCUUACCUGCCUGCCAACCUGCCGAUUGAAUUGCCGCCUGCUGCCUGCUGCGGUGCAGCGUCGCGUGUCCACUGCAGGGCCGGUGACCAUGUCGGACGAAAAGCCGAGCCCCAACUCCAACUCCAAGGCGGAGGCCGACGAGUCUGCGCUGUCUCAACCCGCCACGCCCGACCAUGAGACCGCACCCGACGGCCCCGUCGCGAGCUACUCGCGCGAGCAGGAAGCGCGCGUCGUCCGCAAGCUGGACUGGAACCUCAUGACCCUGUUCUUCGUCUUGUACAUGCUCGCCUUCCUCGACCGGGGCAACAUUGGCAAUGCGCGCAUCGCCGGCAUGGCCACGGAGCUGAAGCUCGACACGAACCGGUACAACUGGCUGCUCAACAUCUUCUACAUCACCUACGUGGUGUUCGAGUUUGCCGUCCUGUUCUACAAGAUCUUCCCUCCGCAUAUCGUCGCUGCCGUGGUUGUCUUUGGCUGGGGUCUGAUUUCCACGGUGCAAGCCGGCGCACAAAGUUGGGGCGGCAUGAUGGCGCUGCGGUUCCUGCUGGGAGCCUUCGAAGCUGCCUACGGACCGGGCAUCAUCUACCUCCUCUCCUUCUUCUAUCUCCGGCGCGAAAUCGGCUUCCGGUGCGGCAUCUUCGCUUCCGCUGCCCCGCUGGCAUCGACCUUCGCCGGCGCUCUCGCGUACGGCAUCACCAGCGGCCACUCGCACCUCGCCAACUGGCGCCUGCUGUUCCUCGUCGAAGGCCUGCCGACAGUGCUCAUGUGCAUUGCCGCUUUUUUCUUCAUCCCGGACUCUCCGGAAAAGGCCAGGUUCCUCUCGGCAGAUGAAAAGGCCAUCGUCCGGUCGCGCGCCAUGCGCCAAGUCGGCACAGCCGCGGAUGCCAGGAUCGGCGGUGUGAGCCUGAGGGACAUUGGCUACACUCUCCUCGACGCCAAGGCUUGGCUGUGCGGUCUGAUGUACUUCUGCGGCAAUGUCAGUUACUCCAGCCUGCCUGUCUUCCUGCCCACCAUCCUCCAGGACAUGGGCUACACCGCCAUCAACGCCCAGGGCCUGUCCGCGCCGCCGUCCUUCGCCGCCUUCUUGUGCGCCCUGAUCACCACCUGGAUUGCCGACCGGACCCAGCAGCGAUGCCUCGUUCUGUUCUUCACCUCGGUCCUGGGCGGGACGGGAUACAUCAUCCUUGCGACGGUUGAGACGGUCGGGGUUCGAUACUUUGCCACCUUCCUGGCUUCCGCUGGCGUCUUCUCCACCAUCCCCAAUAUCCUGGCACUGACGCUGAACAACCAGGGCAGCGACACGCGGCGUGGCAUGUCCAUCGUCCUCAUCAACCUCAUCGGCCAGUGCGGGCCGUUCCUCGGCACCAAUGUCUUCCCCUUGGAGGAGCAGCCCAGAUACGUCAAGGGCAUGAGCAUUUGUGCCGCCUUCAUGUUCUUCUCCGCGGUCAUUGCCAUUGCUCAGCGCGGGCUGCUCGCGUGGGAGAACUCGAGGCUCGACCGCAAGUAUGGUGCCGUCUCCCGAGAUAGGAAUGGCGUGUCGGACGCUAAGGCGGCGGAGAACUACGGUCCCAAUUUCAGAUACGUGCUUUGAUGAGCAGCACAAUUAAAAUCAAAUGGUGGGGGAAAGCAAUGUCUUAAAUACAUGUCGGACCGCGAGGAGCUUAUUCCACCCGCGGCCCAGUUGGUCAACGUACAUACUGUACCAUACAUAGUGGGUGAGCCAGGUUAGAGAAAAGAGAUCCGCAGCGUUUGAAGCAAGAGGGAGCUUGUGAUCCGCGGUCAUGUUUCCA